GUGAGAGUUGCCUGAACGAACAUAAGUACACAGUUCCUAAUAAACUGACGAGCACGUGUACAAUAUAGCAGAAUUAAAAUGAGGGAAUUAAAAAAAAAAAAAAUUACCUUUGAAGGUACAGCGUAAAGAGAGGAAGGAAGAGAGAGAGAGAGAGAGAGAGAGAGAGAGAGGGUGGUUGCAUGUGGUUUAUCUUAGCUAGCAUAUUUGAUAACCUUCAGUUCGCAGUCAAACACAGAGAGUGACCUGCUAUCUGUAAUCUGAUAUCUCUCAAUUUUCCGGCAGACCAGACCAUGGACAGGGCAUCUGACCAUUCAGUGUCAGUGUUUAUUAGCUUGCUUUUGGCUUUCACCUUCUUUGUCACUGUAAAUGCACAAGGUCCGGUUGCUUCAUGUGUCCCUGAAAUCAAAGUUCGGAAGAACACAGUUUACGAAUCCUCCAGAGAACGCCGGUUAAACAUCCCCUGCCCGGUGACGUAUUGUGCAGAGGUUCCUGCUGUUGCAUGGAUGAAAAUGGAUGAAACAAGCAAAUACAUACCGAUCACUGAAACAAAUCACGUAUCAAUUACACAAGAAGAAACAGGGUUGAAGAAUAUUAUAUCAUAUUUGAGCUUUAGGGACAUAUCAACACAUAGCAACGGAGUUUACAGAUGUAAGAUUUUCACAGGGAACUUUUCACUGGAAAGCCACAACAUUAAUAUAAAUGUUUCAGUUCCAAGUUACCCCACAGAGUCAGACGUCAGCUGGAUUCUGUACGUCUUCAUCUGCUUAGGAAUAUUUGGCCUAGUCGUGAUGGUGAUGCUGAUCUCUUUUUUAAACAAAUGCCACAGUGUGUGUCCAAUCGAAACUGACUAUCACCAAACUAAAGUAAGAAAAUAUAUAAGGUUUUUUUGUAUUAUUUAUGUUUUAUUUCAUGAUAAGAUGGUUGGCUGGAUAUGUAAUGACCUUGCUUUUCCUUUCCAGUACACCACUGCUGUAUACAGCCUGAUUAAAAGCAGCCCUGGUAUUUCAACAUGUGAGGCCUGAAAGCUUAAGUGGAAAAAAAUGAAUGAAUGGAUGAAUGAAUGAAUAAAUAACACAAAAAAAUGCUUAUGAUUUUGACUUACUCUAUUUUUAGACUGUAACUGUCUAAUCACAUGUUUGUUUUAGCUUCUGUUUUGCUAUACUGCUGACUGUGCUGUGUGUACUGUGGUUUCAUGUGUUAGAGAAAUUUCUAUGCAUAUGCUUGCAAAGAAAGCAAUCGAUGUGUAAAACCUUUCUCAAGCAAUAAGGCAUAAUAGAU